UUGGGUUUUAAGUGGUUUGGGUCUUGUCUUGUAUUGAUUAUAUUUUUGUAUGGAAUUUGUUCACAUGAGAUUUGAAAAAACCCUUUUUUAUAUGAAUGAAAUUUCAGUCUGACAAAACAAAGGGGCUCAAAAGUAUAUAAAUUCAUUAAAAUCCAAAUUAUAUUACUUUAUUAAAAUUAGAGUUGGAGGUAGGUAGAUAUAGUAGCCUAGAGGAACACACGCAAAGCAAAGAAGUAAAGGUGAUAGUUUGACUAGAGAGAGUUAGGUGGGUUGAGCUGACGGGUGAGAGUUGCCUAUAAAUGCAAGGAGAAAACAGGGGGUGUAGAGACCGGUGAAUACUACACUUUUUUGAGGGAAUGGCGACAGUAGAGAACAGGCAAGUGGUGCUUGAAAGGUACAUAGAAGGAGUACCCAAGGUGACAGACAUGGCAAUGAAGAUUGGGAAAAUAGAGUUGAAGGCUCCCAAAGGCUCGGGUGCUUUUCUAGUCAAGAAUCUCUAUCUCUCUUGUGAUCCUUACAUGAGAGGUCGCAUGCGUGAUUUUCAUGGUUCUUAUAUCCCACCUUUUGUUCCUUCUCAGCCUAUUGAAGGAUUUGGAGUGGGAAAAGUGUUGGAUUCUGAUAACCCUGAUUUCAAACCAGGAGAUUUCAUUUCAGGAAUCACUGGAUGGGAAGAGUACAGCUUGAUUCACAACACUUCACAGUUGAGAAAGAUUCAACCAGAUGAUGCUAUCCCUCUCUCUUACCACUUGGGACUUCUUGGUAUGCCAGGUUUUACUGCUUAUGUAGGAUUUUAUGAAAUCUGUAGCCCAAAGAAAGGGGAAUAUGUUUUUGUAUCUGCAGCUUCAGGAGCUGUUGGUCAGCUUGUUGGACAACUUGCCAAGUUACAUGGCUGCUAUGUAGUUGGAAGUGCUGGAAGUAGGCAAAAGGUUGAUCUUCUUAAGAACAAGCUUGGGUUUGAUGAAGCCUUUAACUACAAAGAGGAGGCAGACCUAGAUGCUGCUUUGAAAAGGUACUUCCCAGAAGGAAUCGAUAUCUACUUCGACAACGUGGGCGGGGAGAUUCUGGAUGCAGCUUUGCUCAACAUGCGGAUUCACGGUCGUAUAGCUGUUUGCGGAAUGGUGUCGCUACAUAGCAUCUCCGAUCCGAAAGGGAUUCACAAUUUGUAUUGUGUUGUACCAAAGCGCAUCAAGAUGCAAGGAUUCUUGCAAAGCGACUACUUAGAUAAAUUCCCUGAGUUUUUAGAACAUGUCACUAAGAACUUCAAAGAGGGGAAGAUUGUGUACAUUGAAGACAUGAAUAACGGUUUAGAGAGUGGUCCAGCUGCUUUUGUUGGACUAUUUUCAGGCCAAAACAUUGGCAAGCAGGUCAUAUGUGUAGCCAGAGACUGAGCUUUUUGUAGCACCUGUACUGCUUUUUUUGCCUUCUAUCUAACUUUGUAUGUUUAGUUUUUGUGCUCAGACGGGCAAAAUAAUGUAGAUGAUGCACACCAGGUUGUUAUGUUUCA